AUGAAGAAAGACUUCACUGAGAACGAUCGCACUCUUUCCCCAAGCAAUGGCUUAGGCAAGCCAACAGCCAACACUGCGACUAUUCAAGACCUUGAUACCCUGAAGUCAAGCCUUUCGAUCGAUGCGACAGUUGAUCUGAUAGGCGAAGCAGGUUACGCUACCUCGGCUGCUAGGUGGAGUGACUUGAACACUCCUAAACCGGGGGCUGUCGUCAAUGUCGCUUCAGAAUCUGACAUCGAAGCAACGAUCCAAUGGGCUACAAAACAUGGCGUUCCGUUCGUUGCGCAAUCCGGUGGUCAUGCAUGGGCCAGCUGGUUCAAAAUAAACUCAGGCGGCAUUGUCAUUAACAUGCGCAAGCUCAACACCGUGGAUAUUGACACAGAAAAAGGCCUCGCUGUGAUAGGGGGCGGGGCGGUUGUUCAGGAGGUUGUGGACGCGGCCAAAUCGCAGAAGUCACACAUUGUAAUCGGCACCUGCAACUCAGUUGGUGCUAUUGCCUCAAUCACCGGAGGCGGAAUUGGUCAUUUGAUGGGGUUAUACGGACCUGGAGCGGAUAAUAUGGUCUCUGCCCGUCUAAUCGGCCCUGACGGUAUUGCAAAGGCUGUUUCCGCCGCAGAGAACUCGGAUCUCUGGUGGGCGCUCAGGGGCGCGGCACACAACUUUGGUAUCAUUAGCAGCUUGACCGUGAAGGUAUACCCCGAGAUCAACGACGGACUACACUUCAUAGCGCUUGUGGCUUUUCCCGACGCCUUGCUUGAGCAAGUCAUCGAAAUUGCGAACAAACUUGAACUUGAGCAAACAAUGAGCUUCAAUGUUAUAUUCGGCCGAGCACCUCCCACAAUGGAUCCCAUGAUUGCAAUAUCCAUAUGGCAUGCUGGAUCUGAAGAGUCCGCAAAGCGAUUGUUUGCGCCAAUUUUCGACCUCCAGCCGUUUGUGAUAAUGUCAGGAAUGGUGCCUUAUGACCACCUCAAUGAUGGCAUCGAUCCACACUGCUUCAAAGGAGGCUAUAAGACUUGUUGGUCCGUGGCUGUGGACUCAAUCGACACUAAGGCUGCAAGAGAGAUCUGGGACGAGUAUGUCGCCUUCUCUUCUCACGAUGAUGCAAAGCACAGCAUCGUAAACUUCGAGAAUUACUCUCACGCCAAGGCACACGCUGUCUCCCAAGACGAAAAUGCGGUCGGUCCAGCUAUUAGAACGAUGAAGCGCCAUUGCUUCGCCAGCACUAUCUACAGUGAUGCUGCGCUUAUACAACCGGCAAAGGCGUACGGUGAGAAAUUCCGGAACCUCAUGACGAAAAGUUCCGACAAACAUGUAGUUUAUCCGAACUUUUCAGUUGGUGACGAAGACAUGGAGCAGUUGUAUGGGAAGGGAGAGCGACUGGAGAAACUGAGGGCACUAAAGCGGAAGUAUGACCCAGAAGGGUUGUUCAGUCAUUUCAUCCCCAUCAACUGA